CAAAAUUUCGUUUUUGUUGUUCUGAAAAAAGCUUUGGAAAAAGCACAGAAAAUAGUGACGAUUGCUAAGGUUUCAGCUUUACUGGUUUAUUUUAUAAAAAAGAAAGACUAUGGCUUCGCAAACAAGCAGUCAACAGCUCGUUCAGCCCAAAUCCUGGGAUUUAAGCCUGUAUGAGCUGCAUAGAACCCCACAGGAGGCAAUCACUGAUGACACAGAAAUCACAAUUUCUCCCAGAAGCCUCCACAGUGAGCUCAUGUGUCCGAUCUGUUUGGAUAUGUUGAAAAACACAAUGACGACGAAAGAGUGUCUGCACAGGUUUUGUCAGGAUUGCAUUAUAACAGCACUUAGAAGUGGGAACAAAGAGUGUCCAACAUGCCGCAAAAAGCUGGUUUCAAAAAGAUCUCUAAGACCUGACCCAAAUUUUGAUGCUUUGAUUGCCAAGAUCUACCCAGAUCGUGAAGAAUAUGAGGCGCACCAGGAAAAAGUUCUUCAGAAGCUGAGCAAACAUCAUAACCAACAAGCAUUAACAAGCAGCAUUGAAGAAGGUCUGAAGCUGCAAGCGCUCAACAGAGCUCAAAGAGUGCGUAAGCUAUCAAAUGAGGAACAAACAGUGGCAGAAGCAGGUCAGACAUCAGGGAAUACACCCUCGCCUAUUGCAUCAACAUCAAGAGAAAGCACACCUGGUCUCAAUCCGAAAGUAAAAAGACAAAAAACGGGAGAUGAAUCUGAUGAAGGCGAGAAUGUUGUGGAAUCUGUCGCUCUGACUGAUAACGAAGCGGGAGACACUAACAACGAAAUUGAACUUGUUUUCAAACCUCACCCGAAGGAUCAUGACGCGGAGACCAUACGAGAACAGACGAGAUAUAUUAAAACAACCGCAAUUGCAACUGUUGAUCAUCUUUCAAGAUAUUUAUCAAUAAGACUGAACUUAAAAUCCGGUGGAAAAGAUGUGGAAGAAAACGAAGAACCAGCCUACACGAUAUUCAUAGCAACAACACCUGGACAAUUUACGGAGCUCCCGGGUAGCAUGAGUCUGGACAACGUCAAUGAAAAGUACUGGAAAGUAAACAAACCACUGGAGAUGUUUUACUCCAAGACAAAGUCUGGUUCGUGAAGACCACAAUAAAGGAUAGAUAACGAAGGAUUGCUUGUUGAAGAAAUGCUUGACAAUUAAAGUUAACAAACACCCAGGACAUUGUGGGAUUGUAGUCAAUAUGUAUCACUGUCUGUCGCUUCUGUGUAAAAUUCUAACAUAACUUUGUAGUCACUACGUGUAAA